AUGAUAGAAUCGGAAGAGCAUCGUAAGCUUUCGGAACAAGACUUGGACCGGGAGGGACUUUGGGAAGAGCAUUUUCAAUCGCAUCAGGAUAGCAAGCCGUUUGGGCCCAUGAGUGUUGGCAUGGAUAUAGAUUUUCCCGAAUCGAAUCAUUUAUACGGUAUUCCUGAGCACGCCUCAUCGGCGACUUUAAAAACGACAUUUGGGGAAAAUGCUCAUUUUAAGGAGCCGUACCGGCUUUACAACUUGGACGUGUUUGAAUACGAAUUGGACGAGACUAUGGCACUUUACGGAAAUAGCGUCAAAACUGGCACCACGGGAGUCUUCUGGUUCAACCCUACCGAGACCUAUGUUGACAUCGCGUCUUCGUCUGGAUCAACGGGAACGCACUGGAUCAGCGAAAGCGGAAUCAUUGACGUUUUCUUACUACCAGGACCAGAUCCGUCUUCCGUUUACCACCAGUACGCUACUUUGACGGGAACGACACCAACACCACCCAUGUUCUCCUUGGGAUACCACCAGUGUCGCUGGAAUUACAAGGACGAGAAGGACGUAUACAUGGUACACGGCAAGUUCGAAGAGCUGGACUAUCCCUACGAUGUACUUUGGCUGGACAUAGAGCACACAAACGGAAAACGUUACUUUACUUGGGACAGCAGCUUGUUCCCAGAUCCCAAAACCAUGCAGAAAACUCUGGCCGAUCAAGGUCGCCGUAUGGUGACGAUUGUUGACCCGCACAUUCUCCGCGAUAACAAUUAUUAUAUUCAUAAAGAGGCGACGGCCAAGGGACUUUACAUAAAAGAUAAGCAAGGGGAGAAGGAUUACGACGGCUGGUGCUGGCCGGGAUCCUCGUCCUACCUUGACUUUACGGACGAAAACGUUCGUUCUUGGUGGGCUGACCAAUUUUCAUACUCUCGCUAUGAAGGAUCCACGCCAACGUUGUUUACUUGGAAUGACAUGAAUGAACCCUCAGUUUUUAAUGGUCCGGAGGUGUCCAUGCAAAAGGACCUUCGAAACUUGCACGGUGACGAACAUCGCGAGUGGCAUAAUCUAUACGGCAUGCUUUUCCAUCGCGCUACGGGAGAAGGACACAUUCGUCGUAGUCCGAGCGAAGAUAUUCGUCCAUUUGUCUUGAGUCGAGCAUUUUUUGCCGGUAGCCAAAAAUACGGAGCGAUAUGGACUGGCGACAAUACAGCCGAUUGGGGACAUCUACAGGUCGCGGGGCCGAUGUUGCUAAGUUUGAAUACGGCGGCACUCUCUUUCGUCGGCGCAGAUGUUGGUGGUUUUUUCGGUAAUCCAGACGCUGAGCUGUUUACACGGUGGAUGCAGGCUGGUGCGUACCAACCAUUCUUUCGGGGUCAUGCCCAUCACGACUCCAAACGAAGAGAGCCAUGGAUGUAUGGCGAAGAGACAAUGCAACGGCUUCGUCAAGCUGCAUUGUGGAGGUAUCAGCUGCUUCCUUUCUGGUACACAGUUUUUCAUGAGGCUGAGAUUUCUGGGAUGCCGGUCAUGCGUAUGAUGUGGAUGCAAUAUCCCGAAACGGAGGCAAUAUUUGGGGUAGACGAUCAGUAUUUGAUUGGGGCCGAUCUGCUGGUGAAGCCAAUUACGGCAGCUGGUGUUUCGGAGGUAGAAGUGCUCUUUCCCACAGACCAUCUUUGGUAUGAUGUUAAAUCCCUGCAAAUCGUUUGCUCUACAAUUGCUUCCAUGAGCGUCGAGUCCCGGACUAUAUCGUCAGCAAUAGAUGAGAUUCCAGUUUUUCAGCGCGGAGGCUCAAUCAUACCACGUAAGCUGCGACUCCGUCGGAGUACCACGACGAUGAAGACUGAUCCCUACACACUUUUUGUUGCUUUGGAUGAUUCCUACCAAGCAUCGGGUACGCUGUACAUGGAUGACGAAGAAACGCUGGGCUACAGCAAACGUGCUGAGUGCGCUGAUGCGAGCAUUAGCGCUGAUUUGAGUGAAGGCGCUGCUGAGGAUAGAAUGAUUGAACGUAUUGUGAUCAUGGGGUUUCCGAGCACACCAAAAGCUGUGAGCGUCAAUGAAGAGUCGCUUGACUUUAGCUUUAACAAGUCUUCGAACGUUUUGGUUGUUCGCAAGCCUGAAGUCUCGGCCCUCAGGGACUGGAGCAUCAAGAUUGUGUGAAAUAAAAACAACGAAUAAACGUAAAACUCGUUAAGCGUCC